UCUCUUCCGGCUGCGAAGAUGGCGACGACGACGGCCGAGAUCGACGUGUUUGCGGCCAUCGGUCGCGGCGAUAUCGCCAGCGUCGCUCAGUUCUUGGCGUCGACGGGCAACGUCAACGUGGUCGAUGCAGCCAAGACGACGAGCGAGUACACGUGGACGCUCGUGCAUGCGACGCUCCACGCAGUCGUUACUGGCCGUCGCGUGCUCGAGGCGGGCGACCAAGCCGCGAUGGCCCUCAAGGUGCAAGCGCUGCAUGACCAGCAGCUCGCCAUCUUGCAGCUCAUUUUGCGCUGCGGUUUUAAGGCCGCCGAAGCGUGCGGCCAGGACCUUGUGACGCUGCCGACCCUUGCGAUUCGAUGGGUGGAGCCACCAUACACGGUCGCGUUCCUAGAGGAGCUCUUCAGCCCCGACAACGAUGAGAGCGGUAUCACGCCCCACAUGUGCGACCUUGUGCCAGGCCAGCCGUGUGUCUUUGAGGCCGUCCAGCGCAACAACUUUGCGGCGCUGAAGCUUAUUUUUCAACCGUGGCGUCGACGUGACGACGACGAACGUGGCGAGUCUCUGCUCUACACGGCUGCCAAGUUGGGCAAUCUGGAUGCCUUUGAUUUUCUCCUGCGCCAGGGCAGCGACGUCGACCGACCCAUUGCACAGAGCCAAGGGACGCCGUUGCACGUGGCUGCGCGACAGGGGCACCUCGCCAUUGUCGAGCUCUUGCUUGACUGUGGCGCCGACACUUCAUUGCGCGACAAGAAUGGCAACACGCCGCUCAUGAUUGCGCUCCGCCGUGACAGCGACGAAGUCAUCGCCGCACUCAUGAGCCGCGACGCUUUGUUCGCGCAGCACGACGACGCCACGAAUAGAGACGCGCCGGGCAGCGUGUUGCACCCGGGCACGUCCAAGGGCCGCGACGUGGUCGUGAACGAGUUCAACAAAGCUCACGACCCGUCGAAAUGGGCCGAGAUCGAGGUCCUCUCGAGUCAACCCAAGAAGCUCCAUCCCGUCGACUCUGACCCGGAAGAGCAACGUAUCUCGUUGGCACUCGAGCCCACGGCAGAGAAUCGGCUUCGGAGCAUCGACAAAGGUGACCUUCCGCUGGAUGCUUGCGAGAGUAUCCACAUGGAUGCUUCGCGCAGUGGCCACAUCGAUGUUGUCGACGGUCUGCUUGCCGCUUGGAAGAAAGGCCAGACAGAACUGGCCGCCGCAGUUGACAACUGGCGCCGUGUCUCGGCCCAAACCCUGCACAAGUGCAUGUACCCGCGCCCGGUGCUGGCGUCACUAGGCGCCAUUGUCCUCGGCGAGCGUCUUUCCCGGCAAGACCUAGUCGACCACUAUCAGGCUUCAUUUUUUGGCCGCAAGGCAUUCGUCUUGAAGGGGCCACGGCUGCCGCUGCGCUCCGUCACUAGCCAAAUGCGCGACGAAGUGGAAGCGAUGCAAUGCUGUGCGUCCCCAUAUCUGCAGCCACUGAUCGCGGUGAUCGACAAUGGCUCGUCUGAACCACUCGCCACGCUACCGAGCGGCGAUGCUCUAUACAGUCCGACGUUGCUCUUUGAGUACAUGGACGGCGACUCUCUAGAGACGUACCUGCGCAAGAAGCGCUUGGGUCUCGACGUCCCACGCAGCUACACGCCCCUUGAUGUUGCGUGGGUCGUCGCCAACGCGUUGCGCGAUCUACACAGCCGCGGGUAUUUCCAUCGAAACAUCAAGUCCUCCAACAUUUUUCUGUCGUCGACGCACUACAUUCGACUCGGCGACCUCGGCUCGGCGCGAACGAUGAGCGACUCGGUGCCUCCGGACGUUGGCGCCAACUUUUGGACGGCCCCUGAACUUUUACGCGCUGGCGCUGAGAAUCCCUAUACCACAGCCUCGGACAUUUACGCGUUUGGUGUCGUCCUCGCAGAGCUCGACACGGGCGACGCGCCGUAUGCCGAUGUUGCCGACCAGAGUCGAAUUCUCCAACAAGUGCGCGACGGCAAGCUGCGCCCGAAGAUGAGCGCGAACUGCGAGCCAUGGUUUCGAAGACUGGCAAUCGCCUGCAUGGAGUUCUAUCCAUCCAUGCGUCCGUCGACCGCCGGAAUCGUUGCGAUACUGCUCGCACACCGUGGUGACGACGCCAAGGUCGCGUCAACGAAAGCGCGUUUGUCGGCGACGAUCAAAACACCGUUGGCGACCGAGGCCAUGUAGCAUGCGGUGUCGCUCGCGAGCUCGGACCCAGCUUCCAGUUCUGAUUUCCCAAAUACUUGAACCUUUGAAUGCGUAUGAUGCACCGU